UCGGUAGCUACCUACCAACCUGUGAUAACUCCCUCUCUCCUGCCCCCUUCUUCUUCACUCCUCUUUCCUUCCCUUGUGAGCCACUCCCCCCUCUUUAUCCCUCCUCCUCCUCCUCCUCCUCCUCCUCGGUUCAAUCCAAUCCAAUCCAAUCCAAUCCAAUCCAGGGUUUCGGUGUUGGGGAGAGUGGCUUGGGAUAAGAUCCAGCCCCAACCAGCCUUGCGUGUGCUCACCAGUGGGGGCCGGAUUGUAUCUCUAGCCACCAUAAGAAUUUCUCUCUUCGGAAUUAGAGGUAUUUGACAUUGGAAAUAUGUCGUCGCCCUCUCUAAAAGAGUAUCUAUAUGAGGACACGUUCGUCUUUGGUCUUAGACUAUGGGUGGUAAUUGGAAUAGUUGUCGGUGCUUCCAUGUUGGUUAUUCUUUCUGUCCUAGUAAUAUGUGUUACGAUUCGUAAUCAUAGACGAUUGAGAAGAGCCACCAGCUACCUCCCCAUCAACCAAAUCCCCGCGGUGUCAAAGGAAAUCAAGGAAGUGAGAGUUGACCAACCCUCAACUAACAACUUCGCCGCUAAUAAUGGAAAUAAUGGAAUCCUACCAACGAACCCUGACAAUUUUAGAGAGAAGGAAUCGGACAAGCUCAUGGUUCAAUUGGAAUUGGCAGAAUCAAAACAAGGAGACGACAAUAGUGAUUCUAGUUCUUUUCGUCAUGCGGAUAAAGAACCUAGCUUCCGUAUAACUGAUCCUUCACCUUUUAUUGGUCUACCGGAAUUCUCUCAACUUGGUUGGGGUCACUGGUUUACUUUGAGGGAUCUAGAACUUGCAACCAAUCGGUUUUCAAAAGAUAAUGUUCUUGGGGAGGGUGGUUAUGGUGUUGUUUACCGAGGCCAGCUUAUUAAUGGAACUCAGGUCGCUGUGAAAAAGCUUCUUAACAAUCUAGGGCAAGCUGAGAAAGAAUUUAGAGUGGAAGUCGAGGCGAUUGGCCAUGUCCGCCACAAGAAUUUAGUUCGCCUUCUUGGGUACUGUGUGGAGGGCACUCAAAGGAUGCUUGUCUAUGAGUAUGUCAACAAUGGAAACCUUGAACAGUGGCUCCAUGGAGAUAUGCAGGAGAGAGGUUGUCUUACUUGGGAGGCUCGUAUGAAGAUUCUAUCAGGCACAGCUAAGGCUCUUGCUUAUUUACACGAAGCGAUUGAACCAAAAGUUGUGCACCGCGACAUCAAGUCUAGCAAUAUUUUGAUCGAUGAAGAGUUCAAUGCCAAAGUGUCAGACUUUGGUUUAGCCAAGCUGCUUGGUGCUGGUAAAAGUCAUAUCAAUACUCGAGUUAUGGGUACCUUUGGUUACGUGGCACCGGAGUAUGCAAACAGUGGGCUUUUAAAUGAAAAGAGUGAUGUUUACAGCUUCGGGGUUGUUCUUCUAGAGGCAAUUACAGGGAGAGAUCCUGUGGACUACAGUCGCCCUUCAAACGAGGUUAAUUUAGUUGACUGGCUUAAAAUGAUGAUCGCAAAUAGACAUUCAGAGGAAGUGGUGGACCCAAAUUUAGAGAAGAGACCCUCUAUAAGGGCUCUCAAACGGGCCCUUUUGACCGCUCUCAGGUGCGUUGAUCCAGAUGCGCAGAAGAGACCCAAAAUGACUUUGGUGGUUCAGAUGUUUGAAUCCGAUGAACCAAUGCCACGCGAGGAUCGGAGACAUCGACAAAAUCGAUCUGGAAGCAUGGAAACUGGAUCUCAGAGGGAGAAUUCUGAGACAGACAAAAGCGACAAUCCCGAUUCAAAACCUAGCAGCAGAAAGAACAGAACAUAUUAUACCAACUGAUUUUUUUUUCUUCAUGUUUUACUUAAUUGUAUAUUUUUUUGUGUAGAGGGAAUUGUUAUGGUGUGCUGUAUGGUGCUUCAGAACUGUUUGAAAAUUAUAUCUACAGUUUUCUAUAUCUUGAGAACUAUGGUGUUGUAUGGACUGGGGAUAUUGUUCCAUCAAUGUCGCACAGCAGUUUGAAGAGAAGUUUAAUUUUACGUUCAAAUUUUAUUGCA